GAAUAUUUCCCCUGUCAACUGUGUGACGCCAAGUGACACUGGCACCGCGCUAAACGCUGCAGGGUGGAACUGGGCUUAAGGGUUACAUCGCGUUUCUCUUUCUCUCUCCCUCUCUCUGUCUCUCUUUGGGGUUGAGUGACUCCUUUUUGGUCCAGUCUCUGUUUUUUUCCCGUGGUUUUUAGCCCUUACUACCUUCCACCAUUACGUCUCAAAGCAAAACGGACUUUUUAGCGCUCGCUUCUCGGACUUUCCAGAGGAAGAGAAUCGUCGCCGCUGUGGUUGGCGUCGUCAUGGUUUUGGCACUCAUCAUCGCCAUUCCCCUGCUGGUCCAAACUUCCAGAACCGAUGCGCACUACGAGAUGAUGGGCACCUGUCGGAUGAUCUGUGACCCGUACAACCCCAAACCGAGCGCCACGGCUCUGGAGGUCAUGCAGGAGCUGAGCGCAGUCCCUUCUCCGGCCUUUGUUCAAGGGACUAAAGGCGAGCCGGGUCGGCCGGGGAAACCCGGGCCGAGGGGGCCGCCAGGCGAACCGGGGCCACCAGGUCCGAGAGGGCCGCCGGGGGAACGAGGAGAUUCUGAAAAGACAGGGCAUCCCAGGGUAGUGGGCACAGCGCGGACCGACACCAGUGGAGAGCUCGGUUCUGCUAUCGGCGGGGCAAAGAUAGCGUUUUAUGUGGGUCUAAAAAAUCCACACGAGGGAUACGAAGUGUUAAGGUUCGACGACGUGGUCACGAACCUGGGGAACCACUAUGACCCGACAACCGGCAAGUUCACAUGCCAAGUGGCUGGGAUUUACUACUUCACUUAUCAUGUGCUGAUGCGCGGAGGAGACGGGACAAGCAUGUGGGCAGACUUGUGCAAAAACGGACAGGUCCGAGCCAGCGCCAUAGCGCAGGACGCCGACCAGAACUACGACUACGCCAGCAACAGCGUCGUCCUGCAUCUGGACACCGGAGACGAGAUUUAUGUCAAACUGGAUGGCGGCAAGGCGCACGGCGGAAACAACAACAAAUACAGCACAUUUUCCGGCUUCCUUUUGUACCCGGACUGAAAUGGGAUAAUCGCAGCACUCCAUCCUAUAACUGCCAUGACAGAAAUUAAACCUCAGUUCGAUCUAAUCAGCCAUGUUGAUCAGUCCGACAAGAGGAAGAAGACGCCACCGCGCAACGAAGUACUGACGUCUCAUAUUCAGACUUCAAAUCUAUCCAUUCUCACAGACUAUAUACGAGAUCAUUCUAAUUCCACUUAUUUUCACAGUAGUUUCACAUGCUUUGCGGAUUUAUUUUGAGCAGAAAGCAGCAGAUCUCUCCACGAUGGCAUGUUAAAGGACCUUACUGAAACGGAUUGCUCUGCUUUGGAAAUAAGUGAAAUUAUUAUGAUAAAUUUAAAUAGUUAUUAAUAAAUAUAAUAAGAGAGAUUGCUACGGAUGAACGGCCUUUACCAGAUGGAUUCAGUCUAUAUUUGCAGUGCAGGUGUUCUGUGUAUUCUGUGGAGUUGAGGUUAUUCAUUGGCCUGAAGAGGGGUCCCCCCUCCCCAUACAGAGGACAUUGCUGUGUGACGUGAUGCUAUUUUGCUUGAAAGUGUGUCUCACAAAGACAGUCCAUACAUAUGUACGCACUUAUGUAUAUAUUUAUUUAAAAAGAAAUGGAAAUCAGUGGACCUAUAUAAGCUGUAUAGCCUCAAUUUAGCUGUCCAUACAGUGUUGCAAACAUGUUUCUAUAUGUCUUCGUAUUCCAGUAUACACGUCGGUCAAUAAUUUCAAUAAAUGAUUAUGUUUUCUCAGUU